ACAGGAGUGAUUGAUCUCAUUUUUUGGAAUCGUGUUCGCUUUGCGGGAUUGGGUUGUUAUAGAUUGAUACCUAUUGACACUCUUGCUGUUUACGAGAAACACCACCACAACCACCACCAUGUCCGCCCCGAUCCCCCUCACCCACUUCGCCAACGCGCAAUCGUCAUUCAAGCCUCCUCUCAUCGCAAACGAGAACGCCUUCCUCGGCGACAUCGCCACCAGCGAAAAGAACGACCCCGACAAGCCCAUCUCCGCCGGCUUCUACCGUCUCGAGAAGGGCACGCCUCUGGUCUACGAGUACACCUACCAUGAGAUGAAGAUCAUCGUCGACGGCGAGUUCGAUAUCUCGGAUGAGGCGGGCAAUAAGGUCCAUGCGGUUAAGGGCGACGUGUUUUAUUUCCCCAAGGGAAGUAAGAUCACGUUCACGACGGAGAGCUUUGGGUUGGGCUUCUUUGUGGGACAGAGGAAGGAGGGCGGUGCGUAGUGUUGGUAGGGAGGUUGGGAGUUGAGGAUUGGGGAGAUGAAUAUUGAGAGAUGAGAUGAUUUGUAGCGUAAAGCUAAGCUGGAUUUAUGAAGACUUUUGAACCUUUGGACGGGGUGGAAGAUGCGUGAUACUGUUCAACCUGAGGUUGAUGGUUGUUCUGGUUAAAGUGUGCAGGUCGAUUUGAGCUGUAUCUUGCAGUUCUACAUUUAUUCUGCUCUUUAAUUUUUCUUCCACUUUCUCUUUAACCUGAUACUUCAUUUGCUACUCC